AUGCCUCGCAAACUAUCAUUUCCAACCUCGUCCUCGACUCUCUCUCUCGCCUCCUCCGCCGCUGGCACGCCCGUAACUCCAACCUUCAGCUCCACGCCAUCAGGGCUCUCAUCAACGCCCAUGUCUGCAACUCCCUCUCCCUUUCCGCGCGCCAACCUGCCUGCCUCGCUAUGCGAUCCCUCACUGCCGUUUCCGCGACUCAUCGUCUUUGAUCUGGACUACACGCUCUGGCCGUUCUGGGUAGACACGCAUGUCACGCCGCCGCUGAAGAUCAACGCCACGCAUACCGGCGCCACAGACCGCACGGGCGAGGAUUUCACAUUCUACGACGAGGUGCCCGAGAUAUUAGCUGUAUUGCCAUAUCUCAAUGGCCCGAAUAAGAUAAAACUAGGCGUGGCGUCGCGGACGAGUGCCCCGAAUCUGGCUCGCGAGCUACUCAAGGGGCUGCACAUUCCACCGACAGCAUCCUUCCAGGAUGAAGAAGGCAGCAGCAGCGGUAGAAAGUCAUCGGCAUUAUCAAAGAAGAAGGUUGCGAUUGAUGUGUUUGACGGAGGGUUGGAGAUAUACCCCGGGAGCAAGAUUAAGCAUUUCGAGACCUUGCAAAAGCGGACGGGGAUUCGAUUCGAGGAUAUACUGUUUUUCGAUGACGAGUCGAGAAAUCGGGAGACGGAGCAGUUGGGCUUGACGAUGAAACUGGUUAUAGAUGGAGUUACGUGGGAAGAGAUUGGGCAGGGAGUCGAGCUGUGGAGAAGCAGGAGGAGUAGAGCGCAAUAG